AUGUUACCAUUCAAAGGUUUCUCCUACAGGUCCUUAUGUGCGUCUAGUGCGCAUUUCGAACUAAAGCAACAAGUUUUUUCUACACAGAUAUUUGGGAAUCGCUUGAGGUAUCCAAUCACAAAAAUACUUGACAAACAAAGGAGGAGUGCUUCAGAGACGAUCGAUCGAUUAUCAUCAUCACGAUCACAUCGUUACUUUACCACGCCUUCUGAUUCCUCGUCCGAAAAUAAUUCUAAAAGUCUAUUGGACAUUACAUUUGACAAGGAUAAACCUAUCCUUACCGAACUACAUUAUGGCCGAACACGUGUUUACACUGCACUUCCUCCUGCCUCUACGCAUUCACCGACAAGCUCAAAGGCCUCGCCUGCUGCAUCCUCGUCGCCUCUGUACUGGCAAUGGCAACCGCAGACGACAAAGGCCGGCAUACCGGAAGUACGUGGACCAGUAUCAAGCUUUGUGGGAAGCAUUAAACAAAAUUUGAGUGCCAUGUUUCUACCGGUUGGUUAUCCAGAGACUGUCCAUGAGUGCUACGCAAAAUUUCACAUUUGGCUCGCAUUGGAAACUUUUAUCGGAUCAUCGACAGGAGUCUUGUGUAGUCAGGCAAUGCUGUCAUCUCUUGGAUUGGGUCAAGCUGAAUCAGCAGCUGGUGCAGUCGCUAUUCAAUGGUAA